CAGCCCUCGGGGGGGUGCGGGGGGAGCCAGCCCCUGAGCGGGGAGGUAGGACGCUGCGCCGAGCCCCUCCCCGCCGCGGAGUCGGAGAAGAGAUGCCCAACUUUCCCCUUCCUCUCCGGCGGCGCGGAGCGGGGCGCGGAGCCGGGCGGGCGGCGGCCAGGCUGGAGCGCGGCGCAGCGGGCAGCGGGGGGGCCCCGCCGCCGCCCCGGCCCCGCGCUGAGCCCCGCCGGGGCGGGCGCACCGCCGCCGCCGCCCCCCCGGGGCCGGUCCUUGCCUCGCCGAGAUGCCUGGGACGGUGCUGCUGCUCUGCCUGGCCCUCGGGCCGGUCCUGCGCGCCAGGUGUGAGAGCACAGAAGAAUAUGAUUAUGAUUACCUCAGCAUCAAUAAAACCUGGGUCCUCACCCCCAAGGCACAGGAGACUGAUGCCACGCAGAUCCUCAACUUGCUGCUGAAGAACUAUGACAACAAGCUGAGGCCUGACAUUGGCAUCAAGCCCACGUUUAUUGAUGUGGAUAUCUACGUGAACAGCAUCGGGCCGGUGUCUGUCAUCCAGAUGGAAUACACCAUUGAUAUAUUCUUUGCUCAGACGUGGUAUGACCGCCGUCUUCGUUUCAACAGCACCUUGAAGGCCCUCACACUGAACACCAACAUGGUGAGCCGCAUCUGGAUCCCAGAUACCUUUUUUAGGAACUCCAAGCGGGCUGAUUCCCACUGGAUAACCACUCCUAAUCAGCUCCUCCGCAUCUGGAAUGACGGAAAAGUGCUCUACACGCUCAGGCUGACGAUCGAGGCCGAAUGUCUACUCCAGCUGCAGAACUUCCCAAUGGACACUCACUCCUGCCCUUUGGUUUUUUCCAGUUAUGGCUACCCACGCGAGGAGAUUGUCUAUCGCUGGAGGCGCUACUCCAUUGAGGUCUCUGACCAGCGCACUUGGAGACUCUAUCAGUUUGACUUCACGGGGCUGAGGAACACCUCAGAAGUUCUCAGGACUGGGGCAGGGGAGUACAUGGUGAUGACAGUUUCUUUUGACCUCAGUAGACGUAUGGGUUAUUUUGCCAUUCAGACCUACAUUCCCUGCAUCCUGACUGUUGUUCUUUCCUGGGUUUCCUUCUGGAUCAAGAGAGACUCUACGCCAGCCAGAACAUCUCUGGGUAUCACAACUGUGCUAACAAUGACCACCCUGAGUACUAUCUCCCGCAAGCACCUUCCCCGUGUUUCCUAUAUCACAGCCAUGGACCUCUUUGUCUCUGUAUGCUUCAUCUUCGUCUUUGCAGCUCUCAUGGAGUAUGCUACACUCAACUACCUGGUGGGAAACAAGAAACCACUUGAGCACGACAGGAAAGCCAGGCUGCCACCUGCCGGGGCACAGGUGAUGCCAUCCUUUACCACCAUCAACAUCAACAACAUCAUGCACUGGCCCCCAGAGAUAGAGGAGGAUGAGGAUGAUGACCCUGGCUCCCCAUGCCUGGAAGGAAAAGAAUGCGAGAGGUUCUUCUGCUGCAUUGAGGACUGUCAGACAGGAAUGUGGCGGGAGGGGAGGGUCCGCAUUCACAUCUCCCGCCUGGACUCCUACUCUCGUGUCUUCUUCCCCACUGCCUUCCUGCUCUUCAACAUUGUCUACUGGAUUGCCUAUCUCUAUCUCUAGCUGUUCUUUGUCCUCGGCUGGAAUGGACUGGAGAUUAGCAAGAAGGGCUUCUCAAGGAGCAUAGAGAACAGCAUCUCUUCUGUUGUAGUCAGCUGUCAGUCUGAACAAUCCAACCUGGUGAUUCCCUCUUCUUGCUCUCUCAUCUCUUCUGAGAAGAACCAGACAGCUUUUUUUUAGCCCUCUAACAUAUCUUUUUAGAGAAUCUACCCUUCCCAAACAACCCACUCUCCAGCACUAUCAGCAUUUUACUCCUUGUAAGAUUGCCCAAAAACGUCCUAUUCCCAUCUCAAACAUUAGGGAUUUUGUCAAAAACAAAAACCUUAAUACGUUUCAUUUUUUCAUCCAAUCCUACUCCAAAAUUCCAUGGGAAGUGAUGGUAAAUGGAGUUUUCUGCACAGUUAUUAAGUCUGCAAAGGAAAUAAAGUAGAUCUUACAACUUCUGCACCACUUCCACCAGAACAGAUUUUGUGGAGUGCUAGAGGCUUGGAAAGGUCAGAAGGAAAGAAGUGUGAAAGAGGGUAGCAGUACAGCUUUCCCACAGGAGCUGGGCUUAGCUAAAAUGUUUGGAACCUGCCCAGAAAGCUGACAGUGGCACUGACAAGGAUGGAGUAGCUGCAAGCCUCCACCAGCUCCCUGUAGAAUAUCUAUGGAGCAUUCCUCAUGGAUCACUCCACUUGUUGUACCAAGUGGCACCCAAGUGGCACCAAGGCAUCCACCCACUGAGGUGUUGCUGAUUCUCAUCUGAUGGUGGUAAAAAGCAUUUCACAAGUUUGAAGGGGCCAUCUGCCUUACUGGAGCAGACUCUUCAGGGCCCACAGUGACAUUCUGCUUUGUGAUCAGGACUUUGAGCAGGCUAUGCAGCUUAGUUUGGGCAUAGUCAAAAGAGGGAGAAAGUGCUUACACUACAAAUACCAGAAGCAGUCUCAUGAGCCAGUUGUGAGACAGCUUUCUUUGGCCAUUCUCAUGUGAGCUGGACCAUAUUGUACCAUGCAUCGUAGGAGGGCAGUGCUGUCCUUCAUAACGACACUUGUUGAAACCAUCAGAACUGUGCUUGGUAGUAGGUGCUAACCUGAGAAAGGGGCACUAGAAAAGAGAACACAAUCAGCUACCAGUGCUGCACCUACCAGUGGUGGGGGGAGAGCUUUCCUGCAGGUCAAAUGUGUUUCCUUAGGUUUUUUUUUAAUAAUUACAUAAAAAAACAGACUUCACUAAAACUGUGAUGGCUGCAGAGAAAAAGUUAGGAACAGCUGGGUCACAGGACAGCUAACAGGGGCAGGAGGUUUUACAUAUUCUUAGAGAGCAAUUUGAUCUGGUUUAAAGAUGGAUUUUGACACUGUUAAAUCUGAUCUGCAUAAUGAAGUGUCAUGUUUAAUUCAUUCAUAAAUACAGCCUUACCUUGGUUCCAGAGGAACAGCUAGAGCACCUAAUUAAGUAUACAAUAGUACAACGCUCAGCUAAGUAUAACCUAAUGGGGUCAGAUCAGCAUAGCUCUGGAAGGGGAAAUUGUGCCUGUCUAACCUGUUACAGUUCUUCUUUUAAAAUACCAACUGAGAUAAAGGUUACUGAGAAGCAUAAUUUGCUUAGCUAUUCCAACAGCUUUUGAAAGGACAGAAAGAAAUUAUGGCAGGUGGUUCUAACUGAGGAAAUUGAUUUAGCAAAAGAAUUAUUAAGGAGGUUCUAAUUAGAGGAAAUUAGCUGAGGAGAGGGGAAAAAAAGAAUUGUUAAGGAGGCUCUAAUUAGAGGAAAUUAAUGUUUUAGAGAGAAAGACACAGAGAAGCAGAAGUCUAAGAAAAGAAUCAAAACAAGUUCCAGACAAGGAGUGCUGCUGGGUGACAGUGCCAACUCCUAGCCAAGCGGGUUGAUGUUCUGCUCCUAAUAGCACUAUUAGAUGUAGCAACAGAAAAACUUCCUGUGACUCAACUGUACACCAACAGGGAGCUGGAUUAAACAGGGUGCCGUGAUCUCUGUGGGGAGCCAAAAGGAAAGAGCAUCUGAGAUUACAACUGGCUCACAUGACAGAGUCUGAGUGAAGCAUGUCUUCACAUGUCAGAAGGCAGAUGCUAGUGUGUGCGUGGGAGGGGGCACCCUAGUGGCAAACCAGGGCCCGUGCCAAAUACGCUCAUUAACAGUAUAGUGGCAUAAAAGGUUUGCGGGCAAUGUAGGCUGCAGAGAACACAGGCAGCAAAAUGUGGAAGGGGAGCAUCUGAGAAAGGGAUGGUGGAAGGGAAUAUUUAACAUCCAUGUGCAAUAAACAUCUGCAAUUCAUUGCAGCUUCAAAGCACGUGGGAGCCUUGAUGAACACAGACAAUCGUCAUGGGCACUGGAGUACAGGCUUCAGCCCAGAGAGCAGUAGCUUGUUGAAAUUAGACCUUUUACAGAAUCAGCCAGGAGAGAAGCAGGGUGUACAAGAGACCUAAGAGGAUGACAAGGACUUGGGCAAAGUAGACUUGAAAGAUUGUAAGAUUUCACCAAAAAAAGAAAGCCAACACUUACCUAGGUAAUUUAACCAAUGAUGGAGAAUUUGACAGAGGAAAAUAGCCCAGCGUGGGCUGGAGCACAAGGAAGCUGAUUACUAAGGCUGAGGAAGGAGGAGGGAGGGGGCUUUUUGGCUUAGGGAAAUCUGUGCCCAUCAUAAAUAGCUCAAUAAAUAAAGGCACGCAUGAAUUCAAUCAUGUUUUUAAGUUUCUACAGUAUCUUAAAAAGAGAAAGCAAAGAAAAGACAGAAAGAAAAAUCCACCUUUUUUUGGAAUUACUUUGCAAAGCUCCAGUUUCCUGAAAAAAGGUUUCCCUGCUAUCAGCAGGGAAUCCAAGGCACAGAGACAUCUAGUAGCUGUGUGUGGCCCUGCUCAGCAAGGCAGUGGGAGCAGAGCCCCACUGGUUCCCUCCUAGACCUGCAUAAACCACCCGCCCUUCCCUGCAUGCUGUAGUUUCUACCAUCAUGCUGGAGUGGGUUAUGGUCCCACAGUGUCUUUCAGCCCAAGACAGCUGUUGCCUUUUCACUAGUGUCUGACUAGCUCACUCCAGGGGACACAGCCUGAAAUCAUGGGGCUGAGCCAUGCCACACUGAGCAGGAGGGACAGAGACACCUGGGCGGCUGCGAGAUGCCUGGGUGGCUGAGCUGCCUCUUCCUCUCACAUAGGUUUUGACUUUCUUCCCUGCCCAGAAACUUGGUGGAAGAGCCGCGUAUUCCCGGACUCACAGGUGAGUUGGCACUGGGCUUCCCGCACCUUCUCCCUCCCCUUCCCAGAGAUGAGUGUUACCUUCCUGCCCCUGGCACCUACAGAGGACCUGUGUCAGCCAGCUACUACAUGACAAGUUUCCUUGCUCGUGGCUCGAGAGCACCUGAUGCUGGCUAUCAUGGCUGAUCCUGUAGCAGAACACACAUCCCAAGUUAGUGAACUUUGCUGUGAAUGUGGUCAGUUCCACCUCUUGCUGGACAAUUAUCUCUAUAACUUCCAAGAUAAAGUGGACAAUGAACUCAUCUGCCAUAUCUGCCUUUAGGCUCUGCUCCAACCUAUGGACGCCCCUUGUGGACGUAUGUACUGUUUCAAAUGCCUUGAAAACUUCAUGCAGGAGUAUAAAUUUGUCCUGUGGAUCGGAAAAAGCUCUUCCAGUAGUGCCACAAAUCCAGCCUUGUAGUACAAAACCUGUUGGAUAAGCUGAUUGUCUUCUGUCCUUUCAAGUCAGAGCGUCAGCAGACAAUGCAGCGGUGUGAACUAGAAGCUCAUCUGCAGAACAGGUGUCCUGGUUUCAAGAAAUACAAAUAUGAACUACAAUGGAAAAAGAGUCCCUUUUUCCAGAGGGAAGGAACAUCCCCCUGUCAAGGUGAAGACAAACACACCCAAGGAUCCAAAGGUACAGAGUGGAAGAUUGUCACUUGUGGCAGAAGGCACUGAAGCUGCUGCGGAAUGGUUAAUCCAGCUUUUGAGGAGACUCCUCUGAGAGUCAGUCUUAUGGCUGAAACAAACAAUUGAAAUUCACUGAGAAGACCCGAAGGAAGAGCUGAGGAUGAGGAUAGCUGAGGGUAAAGACACCCCGCUAGGAAACACUGUUGUUCAGGAAGUCUUGCAGGAUUCUGUCAUUGCUGCAGAUGGAAGAAUAGCACCUGGGUACCAUGUUCUUGAGGUAAAUGGUGUCAACAUCAGCAGUGUGACUCACUGCCAAGCUGCCUCUUUCCUGCACCACCCAGGGAUGAGUGUUGGGGCCAGUUCUGUUUAAAAUUGUUAUCAAUGAUCUGGACAAGGGGAUUGAGUGUACCCUCAGUAAAUUUGCAGAUGACACCAAAUUGUGUGGGAGUGUUGAUCUGCUUGAGGGUAGGAAGGCUCUGCAGAGGGAUCUGGACAGGCUGGCUCGAUGGGCCAAGACCAACUGGAUGAGGUUCAACAAGGCUCAGUGCUGGGUCCUGCACUUGAGUCACAACAACCCCAGGCAACGCUACAGGCUUGGGGCAAAGUGGCUGGAAAGCUGCCUGGCGGAGAAGGACCUGGGGAUGGUGGUCAACGGCCGGCUGAACAUGAGCCUGCAGUGUGCCCAGGUGUCCAAGGCGGCCAACAGCAUCCUGGCUUCUAUCAGGAAUCAUGUGGCCAGCAGGACUAGGGAAGUGAUUGUCCCCCUGUACUCGGCAAUGGUGAGGCCGUACCUUGAAUACUAUGUUCAGUUUUGGGCCCCUCACUACAAGAAAGACCUUGAGGUGCUGGAGUGUGUCCAAAGAAGGGCAAUGCAGCUGAUGAAGGGUCUAGAGCACAAGUCUUAUGAGGAGUGGCUGAGGGAACUGGGGUUGUUUAGCCUGGAGAAGAGGAGGCUGAGGUGAGACCUUAUCACUCUCUACAACUACCUGAAAGGAGGCCGUAGCCAGGUGGGUGUUGGUCUCUUCUCCCAAGUAUCAAGCGACAGGACAAGAGGAAAUGGCCUCCAGUUGUGCCAGGGGAGGUUUAGAUUGGAUAUUAGGAAAAAUUUCUUCACCAAAAGAGUGGUCAGGCAUUGGAACAGGCUGCCCAGGGAAGCUGUUGAGUCACCAUCCCUGGAGGUAUUUAAAAGACGGGUAGAUAUGGUGCUUAGGGACAUGGCUUUGUGGUGGACUUGGCAGCACUAGGUUAACAGUUGGACUUGAUGAUCUUAGGAGUCUUUUCCACCUUAUAUGAUUCUAUGAUCUAACAUUUGGCUAAUGAUGGGGACUGGAAACAAUGAUCUCAGCACUUAUGGCUUCUGUUUGGAAGAUGAAAGGAAGUCAGGAAAAAGAUUGAUUUCUCAUUUCUCUGUCUCCCAAUUCCUAUCCUUUCCCUUCAAAUUAUGCCAUGUAAUGGACCAUUUUUAGACUGUAUGCUCUUCAAGAUAGGGAGUCUUGUGUGUUUGUAUAAGGACUAGCACACUAGGGCUUGAUCCUUAACUGAGAUUUCUGGAUGCUACUUAUUAUAGAUAAUAAAAACCAGUAUGGACUACCUGUCUUCAA